AUGUCUUCCUCUACGGCUCUUCUUCCCAAGAACAAGAGAGAUGAACACCCCAUCUUCCUCCGCGUCUGCCACUCGCCAUGGACGAAAAUUGGCCAAAAGACCUUGGUCGGCCUUCGAGGUGUCACCGCUAUCUACUUGGCUGUCAGUUUCAUCUCCAUCAUCAACUACGACGUCAACUUCAACAAUCAUGGAUGGUCAACUGUCUUUGAACCCCCCAAUAUUGCCUACUUCAUGUUGACCCUCUACCACUGGAUGGCUACCACCUGGACCUUCAUGCAUCUUCAUUAUCCUCAUCACAGAAAUGGUACUCAAACUGUGGCUACCCGCUUCCAGAGAUUCUUGUCUCCCCCUCGUCAACAUGAGUCGACCAAGAACAAGACCUGGUUCAGCAUUUUCUACUUCGCUGCCGUCACCUUCCCACAUGUCACAACUCUGAUUUACUGGACUAUCUUGGUCCCCCAGGAUCAAGCUACUAUUCCCCGCGACAAGAUAUUUGGACACGGUCGGUAUACAGAGUUCUACGUCUUGAAUAAAUACGCUGCAGUCUCCCUUAUUGCCCUCACUGAAGUCUUCGUCUUCAGCAGCAUUAGACACCCAACUCCUCCCUCUGCUCAAAUCGCCGGAAUCUCUUUCCUCUCCCUCCUGUACAUUGGCUGGGCAUAUGCUGGUCAUGAGAUCACAGGCCGAUACGUUUACUUCUUCCUGGACCACAAGACGGUUCGCCCUGAAAACACUGCGGGCGCCAUAGCUGCAUUCGCUACCUCGGCCAAUGCCUGUAAGUUGACAUCGAGAUACUCCUGUGCUUUGCUGAUGGUUAUGACAGUGUUUGGUUUCAACCUUGGCAUCACUGCCCUUCGUGAGUAUUUGGCCCAGAAGAUCGAGAAGAGAAGCAGCGGCUACACCUCGCUUCCACAGUAA